AUGUGUGCCGUUCAGACACCUUUGGGUUGGUUUCAAAGCAAUGCCUUCCGACUCGACUAUAUCUACAAAAAGGACAAAUUGGAGUACAAUUACCUGGAUCACAUGCUCACAUGUAUGGGAAGUUCUAUAACUCAAGGAGACAGUGUUUUUGAUGGCAUAUCGUGCGCCGGUAGGUUUGGGGGACCGAUGUUUCCCAACGUAGUGUUGGGUGACUUCGAUGAGUCUCAACCACUUCCCGAAGCAUACCUAACCUCCCGGUCUAUUGUCAUCACAUUUCUGCUCAACAAUAAUGUGGACGACAGUAAAAACAGGAAAGCCAUGCAAUGGGAACAGGAGUUUCUCAAUCUAUUGCAUGAUUACAAUCAUCCGAAUCUAGAUAUUGUAUACUAUUCUGAGCGCUCACUUCAGGACGAGUUGGACCGUCAGAGCAGAUCCAGUCUCACGACUGUUGCCAUCAGUUAUAGCGUUAUGUUUGUCUAUAUCUCCAUAACUUUGGGUCGUUUCACAACAUUUCGCAGACUUUUCAUUGACUCAAAGAUG